GUUUAAGCUUGAAUGUUUCUGCAAGUUCUUGAAUGAUAAAGAUGAAAAAAUCGAUUCCCUUAUGCUACUAACAGCAACUGAGGUCAAACUGGCUGUUAAUAAGGGGGACAAGAUGUCGCCUUUUCAGCUUUGUCUAAAUUGUCGAACAUCAUUUGUUAAGGAAGCACCAUCAACGGUGAAAGGCGCGACUCAAUCAUGUCGAUUGUCAAUCUAGUGGUGCGACAAAUGCUCUUGCGGACACGGUUAAUGUAUUCGAGGAAGUGUACCGUGUGAAAAGCAUAUGAUUAAAGAGCCCAUGAUGUUAUAAAGUUCCCAUGUGCACUCAUCGGAAGAGAAGUAUAAAUUCUACAAGCAAGGCAACGUGCAGUACUCAAAUUUCAGACCUCCCCUUGCUCAUAGAGAAACAUCAACCUGGUCUAGUCUCCAUCUCUGAAUUCUCUGAGUGCUCAAGACUCGAGACGGGCAAAAAUGUCGGAGGCCACAAUGGAUGGUCGACACAUAAGCUGCAGCCAGUGCCAAAAACAGAUGAGGCCAGUAUGGACUUUAAAGGAAAUGCACUGCCCUUCUUGUCAGAAUCUCAUCAAACUCACGAGGUACGAUGUCAGGCUACCAACAAGCGUGGAUGCCAAGUGUUCCCUCAAGGAGAAGUUUCAAAGUAAGCUCAAAUGCAGGAAUUCAAGCAGCUCCAGCUCCAGUCGCACUUCCUCGAAUCGCUACUCAGUUCCCGGAAGUGGAAUGACAUCGGCGACUAAACUACAUCCAGGGAAGCGUGCCGUUCUCUGUGGGGUGAGCUACAAGAAGAGGAAGUAUGAGCUCAAGGGAACUGUUAAUGAUGUGAAGCACAUGAAGGAACUGUUGCUUCGGACCUUUGGAUUUCUGGAGGAGAACAUUCUAGUCCUCACAGAAGAGGAGAAGGAUGAGCAUCGAAGACCAACAAGAAAGAAUAUUCUGGACGCGUUUCAAUGGCUUAUCAGGGACUGCAGGCCAGGGUACUCUUUGGUUUUCUUCUUCUCUGGGCAUGGUUUACGGCAUCCCGAAAGUGAUGGCGAUGAAUUGGAUGGAUUUGAUGAAAGCAUCUGUCCAGUUGAUUUUACCACAGAAGGCACCAUUCUUGAUAAUGACAUAAAUUCUGCAAUUGUUCGUCCGCUGCCGAAAGGGGUAACCCUUCACGCGCUAGUUGAUUCUUGCCAUAGUGGGACUGUUCUAGAUCUGCCAUAUGUAUACGACAUUAAAAAAGGUCGGUGGCUCGAUAAUCGGCCUCCUUCAGGUGCAUAUAAGGGAACAAACGGUGGACUUGCCAUUUGUCUAAGUGCUUGUGCGGAUGAGGAACUGGCUGCUGAUACUUCUGCUCUCCAUGGGAAGAUGUCUGGUGCCAUGACCUCGAGCUUCAUCCAAGCUGUUUGGGAAAAACCUGGGAUUACAUAUAAACAACUACUGAAAGCGAUGCAAGAUGUCGUCGAUGCAGCUAACAAAUCUAAUUGCUUAAAUAGUCGUAUCCUAUCAAGGUUUUUUCAUGCCAAGAUGUCACAGGAACCUGUGCUAUCGUGUUCUGAGAUGAUAGCCAUUGAAGAUAUGAAGUUCGAGCUAUAAAGAGGGAAAUAUCUCCAGUACAGCAUACUCCACGUCUAACAAAGCUGGGGAUGGAUGGUGGGAUACUUAUCAGGAUCAAAAACAUGCUUUUGUGGAGAUUUUGCGGUGGAAGGAAAUGACAAUGUGAACAUCUGUCACUUUUGGUAGAUGAUGAGGCAUCAAAAGGAAUAGGAUGAGCAUAAGAUCCCUUGCAUCCUGUAACUGGUUUCUU